AUGGAACCCUUUUCCUUUGCAAGCUCAGAAGCUUUGGAUAUUCCAGUAAAUAUUAGAAUUGUUAACCUCGAAGGGGAACAGACUCCAAUACCAUUUUCCACACUCAUAAAGCGACCAGACUUAAGACAUCUUGGCUCAAAUUCAAGCUCUCACUCGGAUCUUUAUGUCACUGUGCAGUUAUGGGCCGAUUCGAAACCCUUGACCGUACCCGUUCAAACAGCAUAUAAAUCAUUCAAAAACGAGAGAAAAUGGAGCGAAUGGCUUACCUUACCUAUAAACUGUUCGACAAUACCUUUGAGCUCUCAACUUGCGAUUACAGUAUGGGAUUUAUCUCCAACAGGAGGUGACAGGGCACAAGGACAUGCUGUGCCCUUUGGGGGAACUACUUUACGAUUAUUCGAUAAGGAAAACCAGCUACAGAAAGGUCGUCAAAAGUGUUAUUUGCAUCGUCGCAAGGCUGCAGAUGGCCUGGAAUCUUCCUCCACGCCCUCGAUUUUACCCAAUGCCCGUCGUAAUGGGACCAAAGUGAAAGAGGAAGAAGAGGUAAUUGACGAAGAGGGUGAAGAAUUGGACAGACUGGAGAAGCUAUUCAAGAAGCAUGAGAUGGGUGAAAUUCCACGCGUCGAAUGGUUGGAUCAAUUGGUUUUCAGAGGGGUGGAAAAGCGAGGUCUUCAAGCAUCUAGUGCCUCGCUAAAGAAUAUCCAGCGCAGACGAACUCGACAAAGGAGUGUGGUAUUGACCUUGGACGGGGCAGGGUUUGAGAGCAAUAACAUAGAAAACGACGCAUCAAAGGACGAUCCUUCCAAGGACGAAAGGUUCGUCCUUCACGUGGAGCUACCAAGGUAUGACUUUCCGGUCGUAUUCGCCGACCAUGAAUACCCUCCGCCACCUAUAUCUUCGCUGCAGCAUCUAUCUUCCUCUCAGUCGAAUAUUAUUCUCAAACCUCCUCCGGAAGUUCAAUUUGGGCCAGGUAUCAAUGGUUUGGGGGAUAAUGACGAGCAUGGCUUCGGUGGACGCCUUGUAAGGGUCUAUGACCCUGAAGUUGGAGCAAGAGACAACCCUGCGGAGAGUAAACAUCGUCGUCUGGUGCGAAGUCACCGAACCGGGGUGCUAGAUCGUGACCUCAAGCCAAAUGCAAAGGUCCGGGACGAGCUAAAUAAUAUCAUAGCAUAUUCGCCGACGCACAUCUUAUCGCCAGAAGAAAAAGACCUUGUAUGGAAAUUUAGGCAUCAUCUUUCGAGAGACAAACGGGCACUCACAAAAUUUAUCAAGUCUGUGAAUUGGAAUGAUCCAAACGAGGCCCGUGAAGCCGUGACUAUGUUGAGCAAAUGGACUGAGAUCGAUGUUGAUGACGCGUUAGAGUUGUUGGGACCGACUUUCGAGAAUUCUUCUGUGAGAGCUUACGCAGUGGAUAGACUACGGAAAUCUGAUGACGAUGAGCUACUGCUCUAUCUGUUGCAGCUGGUUCAAGCUCUUAAAUUCGAGCAUAUUUCACCCGAUUCAGCUGAAGAUGCAACUCAAGAUUCUUCCCUCGCACGACUCCUAAUUUCAAGAGCAACGAAUAACUUCAUGCUUGGAAAUUUUUUUCACUGGUUUCUCAUGGUGGAAUGUGAUGACAAAAGCGAAGAUCAAGGGGCUGGUUAUCGUAAAUUAUUUGCGAAGGUUGAAUAUGACUUCAUGACUGAACUGAUCAAGAAACCUGAGGGAGUUGAGACUCGAAAAAUUCUACUGCGCCAGGCGGAACUCAUUACAAUGUUAUCCAGGGUUUCUGAAGAUAUAAAGACUUCAAGGGAUACGAUAACUCGUAAGGCUGAGCGAGUUAAACAAUUUCUUGCUGAUCCCAAAAAUGAACUCAUCACUAUAGAUCCGCCCUUACCUCUGCCACUGGAUCCCUCGAUAAUGAUUACCGGCGUCGAUCCUUCGGAGACGAAUGUUUUCAAGUCAUCGCUGUUUCCAAUCAUGAUGACCUUUAAGACGACCACCAAGCAGAAGUAUCAAAUAAUCUUUAAGACUGGAGACGAUUUACGUCAAGAUCAGUUGGUCAUCCAAAUUAUCACACUCAUGGACCAGCUAUUGCAAAAAGAGAAUCUGGACUUGAAAUUGUCGCCCUAUAAAAUCCUUGCAACUGGAGCAACUGCUGGAGCUGUUCAAUUCGUUCCGUCGAUGAGCUUGCAGAGUAUCGUGAAUAAGUAUAAGGGCAACACCGUACUUAACUAUCUCAAAUCAAAUAACCCCGAUGACAAGGCGUCUCUUGGUGUUCGCAAAGAAGCCCUGGACGUCUUCAUCAAAUCGUGUGCAGGAUACUGUGUGAUCACCUACCUUCUUGGUGUGGGUGAUCGCCAUCUGGACAACCUUCUUCUAGCGCCGGAUGGUCACUUCUUUCACGCCGACUUUGGCUUCAUACUUGGUAGAGACCCCAAACCAUUUGCGCCAGCUAUGAAGCUGUGUAAGGAAAUGGUAGAUGGUAUGGGUGGAUCCAUGUCCGAACAUUAUCCACAGUUUAAACAGUAUUGCUUCACGGCCUAUACAACGUUACGAAAGUCUUCGAAUUUAAUUCUCAAUCUCUUCAGCCUAAUGGUUGACGCCAACAUUCCGGAUAUAAAACUUGAGCCAGAUAAAGUGGUAUUGAAGGUCAAAGAACGGUUUCAUCUGGAAUUGGGCGAAGAGGAUGCAAUCAGGCACUUUGAAAGGCUGAUUGAGGAUAGUGCAAAUGCUAUCUUCCCGGUCGUUAUUGAUAGAUUGCAUGGUUUUGUACAGCACUUCAGAGUAGGUUCAGACCCGGCUUUGAACUCUCAAGAUGAUCUAGAUAGCGCGACUACAGUUCACCUCUUAUUCUCGUUAGAGAUCAAUGUAGCAGGUGCGACUCUAGCUUAG